ACCGGCAAAUCGUCUUUUCUUCCUUUUCAUCGUCUUUUCGAGGAAAGGCCACGUGGAGGGCAUGCAAGAGGAAGAUGUGACUGUUGCUUGCUUUGGUUUUACCUUCUUGACAAGUGAGCAAACUUUUCACUUUCUUAUUCAUGGUUCAACGAGAACAGAGUAAUGAGCGGAAAUCAAGGCCGACAAUUGAAUCGACGGCGUGGAUCCAGCACUGACAAAAGUGGUCAGGAGGACGCACCAGAUUUGACUCGGCCAAAUGUUCCGGACGAACUUCUGGAUUUCAUGAAAGGAAUUGCCAUUAAACAACCUGUUCCUGAAGAACCGAAUGCCAAAUCUCCUUUGCGGCGAAAUGUGAGACGAGCCCAACCCAAAGUGAAUACCAAUAUCAACCGAAGUCACAAGAACAAGCAGCCCAUGCGGGUGAAGGCUAGUCUCAUCGUCCACGAUACCCAUGAAAACGUCCGUCCAGGCAGCCCUACCUCGGACUCGGAGAAUUCCGAAACUAUCACGCCAUUAUUUACAAAGAAUCAUAACGUCACGUCUUUUAACCAGAAGCCUUCCCCCCCUCACCCCCUGGGAAGAUAA